CUCCCUCAAUCCUUUAUAAACUCACCCUCUCAUUCCACCACCAAUCCUCAAUCCCAUCAAACAAACAAACUCUCUCUUCCUCAUUUUCUUCAACAGCACCAAAUCGCUUCCUUGAUUUGAGUUGUUUUUUUCUUUUUUUUCUUCCAAGUUCCUUGGUUUCAGUUAUUGCAUCACAUCACAAACAUGUACAACUUAGACAAGCCACAGAGAGACGAUGAAAACAAGCCACUAACCCCAUCUUUCUCUACCACUCUCCUUGACCAAAUCUACCGUUCCAUCGACGAGGGAGAGAGAAAAAACGGCGAAACCAAGUUCUACAGACACACAACAAUGAGCACCACCAAGAAACAGAGCAGUAGGGGCAAUUCGAAAUCCAUGGAUGCGGAUAUAAAAUAUGUCGGCGCCAAAACCGACAAAAAAAAAGUGCACCGCGACGAGGAUGCUUUGUUCUUCAGCUCCACCUCGGUUUCCUCGGAUUCCAGCUUUGGAUUCUCUUCCUCCGACAACGAAUCCAUCUCGCGCGAAUCGUGUCUCGCGCCGCGCGCCAGGCUCGUGGGCGGGAGCGCGUCGUUCCGGUCGGAGAGAUACGGGAUUCGCGUGUUCGAGGGUUUGUGUCGGAACUCCCACACCUCUGAGGAGCGACACGUGGCGGUUCGCGACGAGGAGAUGCUGAUAAAAUCCAAGUCCCGGGCGUUGAAGAUUUACAACAACCUUAAAAAAGUGAAACAACCGAUUUCUCCUGGUGGUCGUGUCACGAGUUUCCUCAACUCGCUCUUCGCCAACACUAAGAAAACAAGCUCCCGCUCCUGCGGCGAAGUGCAGCACGCUUCAUCAUCAUCAUCAUCCACCUCUUCCUCUUCCUACUAUUCCUCUACAUGCUCUUCUACUUCCUCAUUGUCCAGGUCAUGUUUGAGCAAAACCAUGUCUUCAGGAAGAGAGAGGAUGCGCAGUGGGGUGAAGCAAACAGUGCGAUUUUACCCCGUGAGUGUGAUCGUCGGUGAAGAUAGUCGACCCUGUGGGCACAAACGUUUGUGUGAAGAGGAAGAAGCUUCAAGAGGGUUCUUGAGAGAGUACCGACAAAACCCGAAGAAGAGCAAUGAUUUGGUUUUGAAGGAGUUGUCCUUGAGGAGUAAAGUUGAUUACGAGGAUGACGACGAUGAUGAUGCGUCGAGUUAUGCAAGUUCGGAUCUCUUUGAGCUUGAUCAUUUGGCAGUGUUUGGAAGUGAAAGGUACUGUGAGGAGCUUCCAGUGUAUGAAACCACCCAUGUUGGUACUAACCGCGCCAUUGCUAAUGGCCUCAUAGUGUAAUACUAUGCUCAAAAUACGUGUCAGAACCCAUUUUUGAAGUUUUCUUUAGAUGUUUUGUUAAGCAUGUAUGAUUAAUGAGUAAAUAAUAUGGUUUCGAUAAGAUAUUUUUUGUUGUCCAACGAUAA